UAUCAGCUUUCUCAUAUUCAUCAUUUUAUCUUAUCCUAUUUAAAGUCGAGUCUUGUCAUUCUAUUUCCCAGAUAGGUUAUUAUUCCUCCGUGUCAAAAUGAUCAAUUUUUUCGCAAUAUUAGUGUCGAUUACACUGUUUGUAAAUGGAUGCACCGCAGCCAACCUGGUGUGUUUCUUCACAUCCUGGACCGUAUACAGGCCAGGCAAUGGAAAAUACAAUGUGUCCAAUCUUCCAGCAGAUCUCUGCACGCACGUCAACUAUGGUUUCGUAGGACUUCAAGAAUGGGAUGGUAGUUUGUCGAUAUUAGACGAUUGGGAAGCCAAUGGACUGUAUGAAUUGGACCAUUUGAAAGCGUUACGAGUCAAAAAUCCAGACCUGAAAUUGGUGGUCAGUAUGGGCGGAUGGAACGAAGGAUCUGAAAAAUAUUCUCAUGUAGCUGCUGACCCAAAACUCCGCAAAAACAUGGUCGAUAGCGUACUUGAAUUCUUAGAUAAAUAUGAAUUUGAUGGAUUCGAUCUCGAUUGGGAAUACCCAGAUCAGAGAGGAGGGGAGGAGGAAGAUAUUGAAAAUUUCAUCACAUUGCUGCAAGAAUUCAAGCAAGCUUUCGCCCCGAAAAACUACAUCCUUUCUGUAGACGUGAGCGGUGGUGUAGUAUCUGCAAAUACAUCUUAUCACAUCAAAGAACUUGGAGAAGCAGUGGACAUGAUAAACGUUAUGGCCUACGACUACCAUGGAGCUUUUGAAGACUACGUCGGUCAUUAUGCACCCUUAUAUGCUUCACAUAUGGAUGAAUCGGAAUUACAAAGAUCUCUGAAUGUGAAAAGUGGAAUCGAGUUUUGGCUUUCAAGAGGAGCGCCAGCUGAAAAGUUGAAUCUUGGAAUAGGAACAUACGGUCGCGGUUUCACUUUGGCAGAUCCAAAAAAUAUCAGUCUUUAUGCACCAAUGAGUGGACCGUGUACUGCUGGACCUUACACGAGAGAAGCUGGAACAAUUGGUUAUAAUGAAAUUUGUGAGCUGUAUUCUGACUAUACCUACUACUGGGAUGACGAGCAGAAAGUACCUCAUAUUGUAAAGGGGAAUCAAUGGAUUGGUUACGAUAAUGCGUUAUCUGUUCAAUAUAAGGUCGAAUUCGCUAAGAGUAAAGGACUCGGUGGUGUCAUGACUUGGUCGUUGGACACAGAUGAUUUCAGGGGAAUCUGUGGCGAUGGAAAAUACCCGCUUAUCAGAGUAAUGAAAAAAUUGUUGAACCAAUGAUGUCAAUAAAUCUAUUUUUAGUAA